UUUUAUCGGUUAUUUUGGCCGCAUGAUCAGUCAUUCACCACCGGUUCGACAGCGAUCGGCGACGGACACAGCAUCAUGGAUCGGACGUGCUACGGAAAGUUUGAUCCAGGAGCGCGCCAACCGUACCGGUGUACGCUGAGGGAGCGUGGCAUUGCGCCCGGAUAUGCACUGUUAGCUGACCUUCAAAAUACAGUUCCUGGGCACAGUCAGCAUGUGGGUGGUGGCGGCGGCGGCGGUGGUUCCUCCGUACCGGGGUACGGAAGUUUGAACGGAGUUCGUAACAAACAACAGACCAGUCCCGUUCCGCAAACGUAUCAGAACGUCGCAUCGAAAACAGUCACCGAAUCCCGUGCCACCAACGGUUACAAUGGCUCGUUGCCACGAUCGUCGACACCGCACAAUUCUUUGCCGCGUUCCAGCACCCCACAAAAGCUGCAAACAUCGGCAUCCGGCAACCUGUCCGAGCUGGACUCGCUGCUGCAGGAUCUGAGCAGUGCCCGGUACGGUAACCAAGUCGAGAAAUAUCCCAACAACGGAAUCGUCAGCCCUUCGCCGUAUGCAAUUAACGACAGCAUCAAGAGACCGUCGGUGGACAGUUUGCUGGACGAGCUAAGCAAUGCCCACUCGAAUCCAAUUUAUGCCGUUCCGCAUGGGAAUCAAAAUGCAAACCAUCCCGGCCGGCAGGUAACGAUAACGGUGCGUGAAACUACGACGGAGAAGCUGACCGGUACACCGAGUGCACACUAUCAGGAUCAGAUGUAUCAACAACAGCUGACGCAGAACGAAUCGCACACAUCGUCGGCGACGAAGGAAUUGGAUGAUCUGAUGGCGUCGCUUUCGGACUUUAAGGUCACAUCGGGUACGUCGCAUCAGCUCCAAUCGGUGACGGAUUACGCGAAGCCAAACCAGGGCACGUCGCACUACCAGAGCACCUUGACCACGGUUUCGACGACCGAGCAUCUGCCGCCUCCGGUGCAUUCUUCCGGCGACCAGCUCGACUCUAUGCUCGGCAAUCUGACGGCCGACAUGAGCCGCCAGGGUGUGAACACGACGCAGAAGGGCUGCUGCAGUGCCUGCGACAAACCGAUCGUCGGCCAGGUGAUAACGGCACUGGGCAAAACCUGGCACCCGGAGCACUUCACCUGUAACCACUGCAACCAGGAGCUCGGCACGCGCAACUUCUUCGAGCGCGACGGCAACCCGUACUGCGAGCCGGACUACCACAAUCUCUUCAGCCCGCGCUGUGCCUACUGCAAUGGACCGAUCUUGGACAAAUGCGUAACGGCGCUGGAGAAAACCUGGCACACGGAGCACUUCUUCUGCGCCCAGUGCGGUCAACAGUUCGGCGAGGACGGGUUCCACGAGCGCGACGGUAAGCCGUACUGUCGCAACGAUUACUUCGACAUGUUCGCCCCCAAGUGCAACGGGUGCAAUCGCGCCAUUAUGGAGAACUACAUUUCGGCCCUCAACAGCCAGUGGCAUCCGGAUUGCUUCGUUUGUCGGGACUGCUCGAAACCGGUCACCGGUAAAUCGUUCUACGCGAUGGAAGGCAAACCCGUCUGCCCCGGGUGUGCCGGAGCUGAGGACGACGAGUAGGGUGGCAUGCCGUGUGUGGCCGGCUUCUGGUGGUGGACUUUUGCCUGUGGCUUUGCAAACGUGGGAAAACGUGAUCUCUCGUUGCACGGUUUUCACACUUCAAAUGUUCAGUUUUUCCCACGAUACCGCCAAGCGGAUGGUGUUUGAUGAUGAAAUUUUUACCGGCACAACACGCACUGAUUGGCGGCCCCCUUCUUUAAAAAUAGAACCUUUGCCUAUCACCACUUGGGUGGCGUUGAACGUUGUACCACCGUGGUACCACACGUGGAAAACGGCAUCGGGGUGCCUUGAAUCGGCGACAGAAAACAAACAUUUACCAAGGAUAAAGCGAACCCAUCCAUCAACAACAAACUAAGCGGCGGUCAGCAUCCGUUUAUCCCGGCGACAGUGAAAGCAACCACCGAUGAAGCAUCUCAACAGCGCGAGGCCACUUGAAGAUGACCCACAUUUGACACUUGACCCCCCGUCUCACAAAACUCUGUUCCACAAAACUCCUUAACAUCAUGCGCCAUCCGAGCGCAACUAGUUGGCGGCUCGCCUUAACGCCUCAGUUGUUCUGUCCCGAAUGCCCGGGACGCUUCCCACUAAUGUUUGUUUUAGAUGUCUGCCCAUGUUUCGCAUCCCAUCCAACUCGAACUGCACCCAGUCCAAUGCAUCGAAUCAAAUUCAAUGCAGAACGCCAGGUGGAUCGUUCUACUCGUUAUUUUUGCAUUACUUAUGUUUACUCCGACGAUCAGCCGGACAUUUUUCGACCUACACUUGUGGACUAGACUUAGACCCCGACAAACCCUCGGACUCGGUCAAAGUAGCAUCACAAAACUGACCCAUCCGCUGAGGAUGACGAACGCGACUCAUGUUUUGCUGCUCCGCAACUUCAUUCAUUACUCUAAUGUUACCGAUGUAUAAUGUAAAUAAAAAGCGUUAAAAGAAUACGAUAAUAAACAUACGAAAAAAAAAACACAAAAACAUAACAAAACAAAACAAAACACACCAAAAAUACCCAAAACAAUCACUUGGUUUGGCGGUGGCGUGUCGCCGCUUCGAGGAUCGCCCCUAUGAUGCGGUCGAAGCGCGCGCGGAAUCGGUUUGCACCCGGUUCUUUUGCACCCUAUUUC